CCACAUUUUGUGGCUGGCCAGUGCAGCGUGAACACUUCGAACGGAGCAAAAAAAAAAAAACCAAUCACAGAUCGGCAACGGGUGACAUGCAGCAGAGAUGAGCAGCCUAGUGAGAUUCCUUUUAUUGUGUGUGCUCUGCACGGCCCUGACCAGGGCGCAUGAUGGCAGCCAGGAGACGACCAGCGAGGCGGCCGCUGGCACGGAGGCGGCUCGGGGUCUGGCCAGUAGCUACGAGCCGGAGGACAAGCAGUCCCUCAAGAAGAACUCGCACAUCUUCAUGGGCAUCUACAAGAACUACAAGAGCACCUAUCUGGGCAACAAGACGACCAGUGAGUACAAGAAGCGUCUGCGGGAUCGCGUGAGUGCAUCACAGAUGCCCAGCAACGAGGCUGCCGAGGGCCAGGGCCAGGGCCAGGGCCAGGAGCCGCACAGCGAUCAGGAGCAGCUGGAGGCUGCAGAUGCCCUGGCCCAGGAGCUGCGCCAGGAGGCCAAUGCCGAGGCCCUGCUCGAGGCCCAGACCGGAACGCCCAUUUACGAUGACAACGAGACGGUGGCGGGCAAGAAGCGACGCAAACGCAAGCGCAAGGAUCGCAACAAGAGGCGCGAGCAAGCAGGCGGCGCAGAGACAGAGACAGCAACAGAUGCAGAUGCAGAGACGGGAUCGGGAUCGGGAACGGGGACAGAGCAGCCCGAGCAGCAGUCCGAGAAUGAGACGGUGAAACGCUACUUCGUGGGACCCGGCCUCAAUGUUAGCCUGGACAUGAGCAAUGACAUCGUGCACGUGAAGCUGGAUGGCGAGAAUCUCAAGGAGAUCAUGGCCGCUCGUUGGCUGAACCCGGACAACAGCGAAGAAGGUCGCGGAAAGAAGUACGACAUGAUUACCAAAGUGCUGCCCCUGUUCAUUCUGCCGUUCCUCAUCCAGUCGGCCAUUGUGCCGUUCCUGGUGACGAAGCUCAAGCUGCUGCUGGUCAAGUCGAUUCUGGUGGGCAAGCUGGCCAUUUUCCUGCUCAUUAUCUCGGCCAUCAAGAACGGCAACAAGAUGGUGCAGAGCUACGAGGUUCCAUCCUACUGGGCCGGCGAGCCGAGCCGAAGAUCCGAGCUGGCAGCUGCCGCCUCCUCAGCAGCCGCCGCCUACAACGGAUACCGUGUGGAGGGCAAGCCAGCCGCUUGGAUUAGCUAAAAGGGCACCCCGGUCAUAUAGUACAACAAUCUCAAAUCUCAAAAAAAUGCAUUAAAAUUCGGUUUUAGGUUGUAAGUCCAUUGGAAUAAA